GACCCUGUCAUUGACUUGAUAAAUGCAUCAGUAGAUAAGCUAACACAUUCCACAAGUUUCCUUCAUUUUCUUGGACAACAUGCUCUAAUUGUCCAAGAAGACAUACCUUGUGCAACUGAUGAUCAUGAUGAUGAUCAAAGAUACCAUUUUAUGUCUCUCCUCUUAAACUUAGCAAACACUUUCUUAUACAUGGUGAACACAUACAUUGUUGUUCCAACAGCAGAUGAUUACUCAUUGAGCCUUGGAGCUCCUGCAACUGUUUGUGGUGUGAUUAUUGGAUCAAUGGCUGUUGCUCAAGUUUUCUCUUCGGUUUACUUCAGUGCAUGGUCAAACAAGUCAUACUUCAAACCUCUGAUAUUCAGCAGUAUUAUGCUUCUGUUGGGCAAUUUGUUAUACGCUUUGGCUUAUGAUCUUAGUUCAAUUGCAGUUCUGAUCAUCGGUCGUCUUCUAUGUGGGUUAGACUCUGCAAGGGCAGUAAAUCGUCGAUAUAUCAGUGACUGUGUACUGCUGAAACUUCGAAUGAAGGCUUCUGCCGGUUUUGUUAGUGCCAGCGCUCUUGGAAUGGCUUGUGGUCCUGCUCUUGCAGGCUUACUUCAAACUAAAUUUAAGAUUUACUCUUUGACAUUCAAUAAAAACACUUUACCAGGGUGGGUUAUGGCUGUUGCUUGGUUAAUAUACCUAAUUUGGAUGUGGAUUUCAUUCAAAGAACCAGUUCAUGACUUUGAAGAGAAUCAUUUUCCUCAGGAUUCAGGUGUUGUCGGACAAUCAGAGCAUGGUAUUGUACAAUCUCUGCUGAUUUCAGAAUCAAAAGACGAUGAAGAAGAUGAACGGGAUUAUGAUGAGAGUGAAGAAGCUUCAGUCAAGUCCCAUGAACCUGCAAGUUCAAUUUCUUCAGCUUACAAGCUGCUCACACCAUCUGUAAAGGUUCAACUGUUGAUAUGUUUUAUGCUUAAAUAUGCAAUGGAAAUCUUGCUUGCUGAAUCAAGUGUCAUAACAACAUUCUACUUCAGUUGGCCCAGCAGCUCAGUUGCAAUAUUUCUAGCAGUCCUUUGUCUUACUGUUCUUCCAGUAAAUGCCAUUGUAGGAAGCUACCUGACCAAUAUCUUUGAGGACAGGCAAAUAUUAUUAGCUUCAGAAAUCAUGUUAUUAGUUGGUGUAAUUCUAAGCUUCAGAGUGACAGGCCCAUACUCUGUAUCACAAUACAUAUCUUCUGCACUCAUUACAUUUGUAUCUGCUGAAGUUCUUGAAAGUAAAUAAACAAUCAGAAAUUCUAGACUCAGUGAACAAAGAAUAUUUUAAUCUGUUGCUAUGUAAAUGCAAAGACAUAUUAGGUGCAGCAAUGAAUAGUCCCCCACUCAUGACUGAUUUGGUCAUGCCAGGAUGAUUGUGACACUGUUGGCAGAGCAACAAAAGUGAGAAGGGAUUAAAUCCAGGCAACAAGGUUGGUUGGUGGUUAUUCUCAUGCUGAGUGCAUGCAUGAAGUGUUUAAGAACCUUAAUCUUUAUAUGAGUCUGGUGAGAUUAAAGCUUAAUGUUCAUAAACUUGUGGUUCUGAUGAAAUCUAGAAGCUAAUUAAGUAGGUAGGUGGAGUUUGAAGUCUAAUAGAUAGCGAGCUUUCGGAGCACAUCUUUGUGUUUCCUGGAAUUCAUUAAAGUGUGAGGUUUAUAUAUUGAGAGUUGAGCUGCGAUUGAGGCAAGUUUAUUUCUUUGUUUAAUUGGUUCUUGUUCUAUAUAUUCUUGUUUAUGGUCUCUGGUGUACAUUAAGCAGUGGAGAUGAUGAUGAUGAUGAGUUCAAUGUGGAGGAGUGCUUUGUUUCUUGUUGGA